AUGAGAGAUUCUGAAGUCGUAUCUGUAGCUGGAGAAUUGGGUCGUGGAAUAGUUGAUGUGGUCGACCGAUUACUUGUUGAUGGCUCCUGUAAAGUUGAGACUUCAUCGAGUUGUUCUAGUUCUGGUUCGAAAGCCACGUUAACGUCUUCGGUGGCAUCCUGCAGCAGCGGAAGUGAUUCCAGUGCACAAGAAGAAGACGUGCCUGGCGUCGCAGUUGGAAGUAGUUCUGGUCCCACCACAGAGCAGGGUCAAGACGAAGUCGACUCACCAGAUGUGCCUCAAGCAUCUAGUCAUAAGCCUGCAGAAAAAGUGAAUGUUGCCAAAGAAGACAUAAUUGAAAUCGUGCCUUCUGCUCCUGCCGAAGUCAAAGAUGUGAAUCUCGACGAUGUAGGUUGCUGGCCUUCUCCUAUGACCGACGAAGUCAGAACGCUUCUAGUACGUCGCGGGUCUGACUCAGUACAGCACAUCGAUUCCAAAUUUGCCGAUGUUGUUCGCUCAGGGACUUCAACGAAAGGCGGUACCCGAAAACUAACCAAAGAGUGGUUCUACAAACCAUUAUCUAAUGGCGAAAAGGUUCUCCGAACAUGGCUGGUGUACUCGCCUCUGAAGCAGUCUUUGUAUUGUUUUUCUUGCAAGCUGUUUGGCAAUUCCGGCUCGAACUUCGCAUCUGAAGAAGGAUUCAACAAAUGGUGGAAGCUAAAUCCAAGAAUCGGAGACCAUGAAAAUAACCUGGGCCAUGAACAGAGCUUCUUGAAAUGGAAGGAGUUGGAAGUUCGCCUGAACUGUAAAGCAACCAUCGAUCAGAAACAACAAGAAGUUUUCGAAAGUGAGGAGAAGAAAUGGAGGGAUGUAUUGUACAGGUUGCUGAAUAUUAUCCAGUUCUUAGCCAAACAGAAUCUGGCCUUCAGAGGACAUCGAGAAGACAUUCGAGGAGAUGAUAGUGGCAAUCGCGGGAACUUUCUAGAGUUAGUGCACCUCCUAGCUAAAUACGAUCCUCUUCUAAUGGAACACCUGACAAAGAUAAAGCUGGGAGCAAGAGUGUCAGUUUCAUAUCUGUCUCCAGAAACCCAGAAUGAAUUUAUAAAUUUACUGGGACAGCAAGUUCGAUCCACCAUCAUCCGUCGUAUUCAAAAAGCUAAAUAUUAUUGCGUAAUCUUCGACAGUACACCAGACAUCUCCCACAAUGACCAAAUGAGCCAAGUUCUGCGAUACGUACAUAUCGAAGGAGAAAAAGUCGCUGUGGUAGAAUCUUUCAUUGACUUCUUCCAACCAAAAGGAAAAAAUGCAGAAGAUCUCAGCAACGAUAUAAUCGCGAAGAUAACAUCAGACGGACUGGACAUACAGAAUCUGAGAGGACAGGCUUAUGACAAUGCUGCCACAAUGUCAGGGAUCCAUAAUGGAGUUCAAGCCCGGAUUAAAGCACUAAAUCCGAAAGCUCUAUUCGUUGCAUGCACAAACCACUCACUAAACUUGGCUGGGGUACACGCUGCUUCUGAAUCAGUGAAUUCGGUGACGUUUUUUGGAAUUCUAGAGAAGCUAUUUGCCUUCUUUUCUGCAUCAACUGUUAGAUGGAACGCUUUGGUUGCCGUCACAGGUCAAGCAGUGAAACGAGUCACUGAAACGCGUUGGAGCGCUAGACAUGUAGCUGUCAAGAUGCUUAAAAAUAAGUUUGAGGGAGUUCUUGAGGUACUGGAACAAUUAACAGAUUCAUCUCAAACUUCCGAAACAAGAUCGGGAGCCAGUCUUCUCCUGACAGCCAUGCAGUCAUUUAACUUCCUAACUUUUCUUGGCUUUUGGGCUGCAGUGCUACCUGAAGUAGAUGACGCACAGAUUUACCUGCAGCAACGAGGACUAAGUGUGGAUAAGUGUGCUCAGAAACUCUGCGCUUUGAAAACCCUCUUAGUGGAAAGUAGAGACCGUUUAGUGCAAGAAGCAAUUGACUUUGCUAAGACUCUUUGCGAAAAACUCGGAAUCGAACUCAAAACGAGAAGAAUUCGAAGGAAAAAACGCAUGCAUGGCGAAGAAUCUUCUGCAGAUGCAGCUUUGUCUCACGAGCAGGAAAUCCGUCGAGAGGUGUUCGCAUCAUUGGACAAGAUCAUUCAAGAAAUGACGACUCGAUUCCAGCAAAUUCAAGAAAUAUCGGACAAGUUCGGAUUUUUGAUGCCAGCAAAACUUUUGGACAGCAAGUUCGAGUUUGAUCUUUCCCAUGUAUUAGAAGACAUCGACAAGGACGAGUUUCAGAUGGAGCGGAAGCGUCUCCAGCAAUUUAUUGCCUGUUCUGAAUCAGAGGAAGAUAUAAGUGGUAAAGGACCACUGGAGCUCCUCCAGUUCAUUCAAAAACUGAAUCUCGGAAUUUCGGUUCCAAAUAUAGUCAUCUUGAUUCGUAUAUAUUUGACUUUGGCGAUUAGUGUGGCAAGCUGUGAGAGAAGUUUUUCGAAGUUGAAGCUAAUAAAAAAUUACCUCAGAUCUACUAUGAGCUCCGCUAGAUUAUCAAACUUGGCUAUAUUGUCGAUUGAACAAGAAUUGGCUGCUAAUAUUGAUUUUGACAAAGUUAUUUCUGACUUCGCUGCUCAUAAGGCUCGUAGAAUCCGCUUGUAA